CAUGGAGGGGCAGCAGCUCCUGACUGACAAGGCCAAGCCAUCGGUUCCUUCCCAUGAGCCUCUUGGUUCUGUAGCUCUGAUGAGUGGCGACACAGCAGAUAUUCUCUCAGAGAAACAGGCCCAACCUGAGAUCAGGUCAGAUGAGAAGCUCCAGGUGGAGUUCCUCAGCCAGACCCAGGUGGAGAUUCCACAAGAGGUCAGGGAGGUCAUGGACAGCCUGCUGGACAAGGUGGCAGAUGGAGAAGCCCAGGAGAAGAAUGCUGAGGUCCUCGUGGCAAACCUGAACCCCUAUCCUCCCUCAUCCUCAGAAGUUUAUGUCAUACGGGACCUGGACAGCCAGGUAGACAAGGCAAAGGAGGUUGAGGCCCUUGACCUUAGCACAUGUCCCAUACUCCAAACGGCCCUCACAGACACUGACACCGUGAUGAAGACUGCAUACAAGAUCAUGCCGAAGAAGAUUGUGGUACUUGUUUCCACCAUCAAGCAUAUCAUCACCCAGGUGCUUCUUCAAGUAGAUCCCCAAGCCUUUCAGGGGGGAGUGUAUUUGGAGACACCUGCUAUCAUCAACGACACCCAAGCUCUUCUGUGGUCUAUUCCCUGGGUCGAGGUCACUGAGGAGGAGGAGCUGUUGAACGGUCAGCAGUCCACUGAUGCUUAUGAGGUGGCUAAGACUGUCAUCAACAACCUUGAGCAAGUGCUAGGCCCGAAACCUGUGCUGGCGAGAGCACUGGGAAUCGGGUCACACAUCUUGACAAGGUACAUUGUUCAUCUCGUAGGUCUAUGCAUUGCUAAGACAGUGCCCGUUGUUUAUGCUGCCAAUGAAGAGGAGAGACGUAUUAGUCAGGAUAUGGUGAACAUCUGUCCUCUACCUGCUAGAUUGAUCAUUAGUGGAGAACUAUUCAGUGACUUCAUAGUGAAGUUUAUUCUAAAACUUCAUCCAAUGAACGGACGCGGUACUAAACAGCUUGACCAACAGGCUCUGCUCUUACUGGUCGUUAAAAUGGCCUCGGUUGCUUUUAACAUCUUGAGGAAGAUUCCAGGUAUAUCUGUGGAUGAAAAUCUGUGCCCCCCCUUAUGCAACAUGAGAAAGACAGUGUUGCACAUGCAGAGUGCCAUGAUACAUCAGUUUGGCACGACAAUCAAGAUAAAAAAACUGGUUGCCAUGAAGGACACGGUGAUCAUCUCCACCAUCCCCAGCGCUAUCUGUGAGGGGAUCCUGAUGGUGUACAAGGGCAUCAGUGACACCUAUCCGCUUCAAGUCCUCGGCCCACGGUGUCCAAUAGCUAGGAGCUGCGAAGAGGCUAUGGAGAGCAAACUCUUUGCAGUAGCCCUACCCGAGGACCUUAGGAAGACCAUCUACGAUCACUACGGGUCCUGGGUCGGGAAACUGGCACUGUUCCUGAAGGCUUUCCCCCUGAAUGACCGCAUCAAGUUGGAAUACAUCCGUCGUGUUUCUCUGCCUCGUUCCUCCAACAGAGAUGUAGUCUGGAUCGACCCCAAAUACUUUGUUGGGGACGACGAUGAAGAGGUUGUGACAUCAAGCAACACAAUGCCUGAUAAUCCUCUUGCUCUCGACGUCAGUCAGGCUGCCUUUUUGAAGCAGUUCCCACAGACUGAUGUUUUCGAGGUAACCACAAAGGACUGUGGAAAGCCUGUGCAAGAACCGGCUCGGACGGAGACCGAGAGGAACAAACCAAAGAUGACAAACCUUGAUAUUGUUCCUGUUAUUCUUGUCAGGAAAGUCUUUGACUCUGUUUUUGCAGAUUCAUGUACAAUCAAGCAGCAAUACGGUUCAUGGGAAGACGUCUCACUUUGCAAUGAUAUGGUAGAGCACCUACAUAUCCAGGUUCAGAAAGAGGCAUUGAAAUACCAAAACCAAAGACUGUUCUUACACACUCUGAAGAAGCUCAACGAUGAGACGGACAAGAUGGCCAAAUUCUUAGAAGACGUCUCAUUCUCUAUCAAGAGCAAGUACUUCAGGACUUUCCAUGACUGGCCAAUGGUUAAAGCCCAGCUAUACCCAGAAAUACAGUCUCUGCUAGUCUGCGAUAUCAUGGUCAGAGAGAUCAUGGUUCACCUGAGGCCUACCUUGACCUUCGCCAAGGACACCAAGAAGGGUGAUGACCGGCCAUACUGCAUCAACAUCCCGGUCAAGAGAGAGACCAGAACCCCGGAUGAUACAGAAAAGACCAAGCUGGAGCUUUGCAUUGAGAAAGCCAGCGCUGACAUAAUGAAGGAACUCCUCACCCCACUUGAGAAGGAACCCGAACCCUUCUGGAAGACGGGAUGGAUGGCAAUGAUGGAGGAGGAAUAUAAUAAAAAGAAGAAGAAGGAGAAGAAGGGUUGCGGCUGGUUCUCGGGUUUGUUUGGCCGUAAGAGGAAAAACAGCGAAAGAAGUGUGGAUGGAGGAUUGUCGCAGGCGCGGAUACUAGAAAUCACAUCCACACAAACCAAGCGUAUGGACACACACACAUUUACACAGAGACAGAUAUAACAACAAGGCCUACCUCAGAUCCCAUAUGAACAUAUGUUGCCUGUCUAAUAGUAUGUCUUAUUUUCCAUUUUGGGAUACAGGAUGUUUAUUUAUAUUUUACCAGAGGCUAUGUUUUGGCACCAAACAAUUAUCUCUGUGAACUUUUAUUUGAAAAAUAAACACUUUAUUUUAAGUAUUUUGCGUGACUUUGUUUUCUAAAGACGUGUCUUUUAUGACUUUAUUUCUGAUAGAUAUAUAUUUUACAUUCCAUAUAGAGGAGCCUGAUGCUCAAUGUAACCAAUUGUAAUCCAUUGUAUUGUUUUAUGGUGUAGCCUGAAAAUCUGUUUUUUAAAUUGUUGUUUUUGAUUAGAUAAACACAUUUACUUUGCUGA